CUUUUAUCUUGUUGUUGAAAUCUGAGUGUAACUUUUUGGGUGGUUACGUACGGUUUUCCUCCUGCAUACAUUUCAUGACCAAUAAUUACAUAAAAAAUUGAAACUUUUGUACUGUAUGCUGUAAACCCUAAUCUUUACCCAUUACUUGCGUGGUUUGUGGUCUUGGAAUCAGCUUCUUAAUUAGCUAUUUACUCUUUCUUCUUCUUCUCUUUGUGAUUCUUGCUUGAUAUGAUAUGUCUAAACUUAGAAUGUCUGAACAUGUAAUUAAUUGUCUGAACAUGGAGAUGUGUGAACUUGAAAUGAUGUGUGAACUUGGAAUCUGCGAGUAGUGUUUGGUCUUUUAGGCUAACCAGUAACAUAUUUCCUUUUUCUUUUUUUUUGUGCAGGUUGAUUUACUGAUUCACUAAACCACAGCUGUUUCAUAUGUCUGAAUUAAUGGAGCAAUUCUUGGCGCUCUCAGUGUCUCCUCCUCUGAUUCCGUCACUUCCAGACGACGUCACCGUUGAUAUCGUAGCUGCUCGGGUACCCAUAAACCAUUACCCGGCUCUCUCCCGCGUUUCCAAGAGUUUCAGGAAACUCAUUGCCUCUCCUACGCUCUACAAGAGGCGAUCCCAGCUAGGCAUCACCCAACACCGUGUCUAUGCUGUCCUCCACAGCCGCAAAACUCGUGCUUCCAGUUUCUACAUCCUCCACCGGAAAGUCGACGACUGCAGUAACCGCUUGGUGGUUGUCCGGUCAAUUACUCUCAAGUCUUUCUGCGGAAACUAUGUCCCGGUGGGUUCGAAGGUGUAUGUGUUUAACGAUCUCGAUGCGCUCAGCAUUGACUGCACCUCUCACACGUCUCAGUCCAUCCCUGAAAUUCCUCAGCGCAUGGCUUAUAAAGUGGUUAACGUGGUUGACGAGAAGAAGAUUUAUGUAAUCGGUGAUUCGGUUUGUCAUGUCGUUAAGGAGAAGGGUGGUAUGUUGCGGGAAACGUGGAAGAAGGCAGUCACGGUGUUUGAUACAGAAACCCAGUUGUGGGAGCCUAAGUUGGUAAAGGAAGACAUGUUUGUAGGUGUCCUUUGGUCUGAUUCUGUGGUGAUGGAUGGUAAGAUUUACAUGAAAGAUUACAGCAAGGGCAACUCUUUUGUUUAUGAACCAGAUGAAAGGAAAUGGGAAUUGAUGGACGAGGUGUUGAAUUCUAAGGCCUGGGAGGGUGCAUGUUGUUGACAUGAAGAAUUAAACAAAGGGAAGUAGUGGAGGAAGUGGGAGAAGUGGCCAUAUCACUUACCAAAUGGGGAGGAGUGGCUAGUCCACUAUUAGUUAGUGGAGGAAGUGGGAGGAGUGGCCAUAUCACUUACCAAAUGGGGAGGAGUGGCUAGUCCACUACUAGUUAUUUAUUCUUCCACCAUUGAGUGCUUAUUGCUUUUGUUUCCUUUAAAUACACCAUGUAUGUUACACAAUUAAACACACAAUUCAAUACAAACAUUUCUUUCA